AUGUCUGCGACAGAAUCUAAGACAGAACUCUUCAACAUAGGCACUGUGGACACUGCCGAGCCAGAACAGGAGAGGGCCGGUGCCAGGGGCAAGGCCCACAUCUUUGAACGUUACCUUCAGCCAUGUGUGGCGGAGCUGCUGGGCUCCGCUCUCUUCAUAUUCGUGGGGUGCACCUCUGUGAUUGAGAACGCGGAGGGAACUGGGAGACUGCAGCCUGCUCUGGCACAUGGGCUGGCACUGGCCGUCGUCAUCGCAGUGUUUGGGGAAAUCAGUGGCGGACAUUUCAACCCAGCUGUGUCUUUGGCAGUCUACCUCACUGGGGGACUCAGGAUCUUACUGCUUUUGCCAUAUAUACUGGCACAAAUGUUUGGGGGAAUGAUUGGUGCAGGCCUGGCUAAGGCGAUCGCUUCAUCUGAGAGCUAUGCCAAUGCCUCAGGAGCCGCGUUUAAUGCUGUGAAAAAUGACAGCCAAGUCGGGGCAGCCACCGUGGCUGAGAUGGUGAUGACGCUGUUCCUGACAACAGUGGUGUGCAUGGGCGCGGUCAACGGAAGGACCCGCAGCAGCCUGGCCCCUCUCUGCAUUGGACUGACUGUGGCUGCGGACAUUCUAGCUGGAGGGGCGGUGUCCGGAGCAUGUAUGAACCCGGCACGAGCCUUUGGCCCGGCUGUGGUGGUAAACCACUGGGACUACCAUUGGAUCUAUUGGGUGGGGCCUCUGACGGGCGCUCUGCUCACUGCCAGCUUUGUGAGACUGCUGCUGGGUGACCAGAAGACCCGUGUUGUUUUGAAGUGA